CAUUCAAUUUUUAAACUUUUUCUAAGCAAUUCGCAAUGGCAGGAACGCUACGGUGCCCUGAAAACUAUGUACCAGUUCGUUUGCCACCUCUACCUUACAAAAGUGACACCACAAAUUGGGAUUUUCCCAAAACCACAGUUGAAGAAAGCUAUCCAUAUCCGAAGAAGAAAAAACCCAUUGUAACUCGAGAAGGACGCUUUGAACAAUUCAUUUGGCAUGAAAUGUACGCCCAGUAUGUUGCCUCAGCGACGAGGAAGAAUACCGAGCUUGAAGCACCGAAAAUAACAGAAUAUAAGGAUCAGUUUGGGAAAGCGAAAACCCCGGAAAUUAGUGAAAAACAAAAGGAAGAGAUGAUAAAUCACAUCACGGAAUAUCCUGUUUACGGGAGUGAGGCGAUCUCUUACUGGAAUCCUAAAGGCAGACAACCGAAUAGUUUUAAGUGUGUGUAUACAAUUACCAAGCCAGUUGCCUUGCAAGAGACUCAGUUUGGUUAGAAAAAGGACAUAAUUCAAUCCUGUAAGAUUUUGU